CUCGUGGGCGCCACCAUGGACCGUAACCCGUCCCCUCCUCCGCCUAGCUGCAGUCAGGAGGACGAGGAGGACCUGGCCGGGGGAGACUGCAUUGGGAGCACGGUCUACAGCAAGCACUGGCUCUUCGGAGUACUCAGCGGACUCAUCCAGAUUGUCACACCUGAAAGUGCCAAGUCCGGCUCGGAUGAUGAGCAACAGAUGGAGCUCACUGAGGAAACGGAGAACGAAAUAUGCAGAGUCUGGGAUAUGUCCAUGGAUGAGGAUGUGGCUUUGUUUCUACAAGAAUUUAAGGCUCCUGAUAUAUUCAUGGGAGUGCUGGCCAAAUCCAGGUGUCCCCGAUUAAGAGAAAUUUGUGUGGGAAUUUUAGGGAAUAUGGCUUGUUUCCGGGAGAUAUGUGUGUCCAUCAGCAGCUGCGAAGAUCAUGGGCAGGUGCUUCUGCAGUGUUUGUGCGACUCAGACCCACCCACUCUGCUAGAAACCAGCAGGUUGUUGCUUACUUGCCUUUCCCAGGCAGAAGUGGCCAGUGUCUGGGUUGAAAGGAUCCGGGAACAUCCGUCCAUUUAUGCCAGCGUCUGCUUCAUCAUGUCAAGUUCAACAAAUGUUGACUUGUUGGUGAAGGUGGGGGAGGUCGUGGACAAGCUCUUUGACUUGGAUGAAAAACUCAUGUUGGAGUGGAUUAGAAAUGGGACUGCCCGGCUUCCGGACCAACCCCAGGAGGACUCUGAAGAGCAGCCAGUAUUUUCUUUUGUACCCAGUAUACUGGAAGCUGCCAGACAAAUACGGUCUGAAAACCUGGAAGGGCUUGAUGUUUACAUGCACAUCUUACAGCUGCUCACCACAGCAGACGAUGGGAUUCAAGCAAUUGUACAGUGUCCUGAUACUGCAAAAGAAACAUGGAAUUUACUUUUUGACCUGGUGUGCCAUGAAUUCUGCCAAGUUGGUGACCCGCCCAUCAUACUGCAGGAGCAGAAAACAGUGCUGGCCUCUGUCUUCUCCGUGAUGUCUGCCAUCAGUGCUUCGUGGGCUGCACAGGAGCACCCCAAGAGGGAAGAAGUGGAUCUUCCUCUAAUUGACAGCCUGAUUCGGGUGUUACAAAAUAUGGAACAUUGUCAGAAGAAACCAGAGAACUCCACAGAGUCCGACCCAGAGGAGCCUACAAACUGUGGUUCAACCCAAGAUGAGUUCCAUAUGAAGAUCCUGAAGGAUAUUUCAUGUGAAUUCCUUUCUAAUAUUUUUCAGGAGUUAUCAAAGGAAACUGUGGCUCAGGGACUGAAGGAGGGCCAGUUAAACAAAGAGAAGUGUUCCUGUGCAUUUCAGAGCCUCUUGCCCCUCUACAGCCCCGUGGUGGAAGACUUCGUUAAAGUCCUACGCGAGGUUGACAAGGCUCUUGCCGAGGACCUGGAAGACAGCUUCCCCAGUGUGAAGGCUCAGACUUGAGACCCGAGUUGGAGUUCCUGCUCUCUAAGGAAUAAACUGUUUGCAGUGGUUUGAAGUUGGCGUUUGGAAGAUUUGGAUGACCGUGUACUUCCUGAUGUCCCUGCUCCCCGUUUACCCCACUUUCAUUUGCGCCGGUCCCUAGGGUUUCUCCACUGUCACCCCCUCCCCUUUGCACUGAUUGUAUGUUACUGCUGUGCAGUUGACAAAUUCAAAUAGUAGAGUAGGUAAGGAUUGUCUUCACAAGUGUUAGUCUGUGUCCUUUAGAAGUAUAUUUGCUGCAGCAGCAGAAGCCCUCGAAUGACAGCUUCUCCGGUAUCUGUGUGUCUCAUGCAUGUGUACAGAGACCAUCAGCUUUUCCCAGUCCCAGUGGCCCACCGCGCAGAUCUUUGCACUUACUUAUUCAUAACCAUGAGGGCUGUGCCGUUCCAUCCGGGGAUGAAAAGGAAGAGGCAUUCUAGAAAAUUCUGGCAGCUUCCCCUGACCCCUGUUCUGUGUUAUAUUUAAUGUCCCGAUCUUCCCUGCACUCUGUAAGAGGUAAGGUAUGACCGGCUUAGAGCGCUAACCUGCUAAUACACUGUAGUGGUUCUGUGAGCAUUUAACAAGCUGUUUAGACUUCUCCAGGCUGUUAGUGACAACUUGGAAGCAGUAGUUACUCUCUUAGUUUGGGUGUCUAUUGCUGUACAGAGACACCAUGACCAUGGAACUCUUGUGAAGGAAAGCAUUUUAUUGUGGCAGUGGCUCACAGUUCAGAGUGUAGUCCAUUGUCAUAGUGGGACAUGGCAGCGUGCAGGCAGACACAGUGCUGGAGAAGGAGCUGAGAGUUCUACAUCUUAGCGGCAACAGGAAGUUGACUGGAACACUGGAGUAGCUUGAGCAUAGGUGAGACCUCAAAGCCCACCCCCACAGUGACACAUGCCCUUUGGGGGCCAUUUUCUUCUUCCUUUCUUUCCUCCCUAUUCUCUUCCUCCCUUCUUUCCUUCCCUCCUUCCCUCCUUCCCUCCUUCCUUCCUUCCUUCCCUCCCUCCCUCCCUCCCUCCUCCCUCCUUCCCUCCCUCCCUCCUUCCUUCCUUCCUUCCUUCCUUCCUUCCUUCCUUCCUUCUUUCCUUCCUUUAUUUCUUUCUUUAUUUUUUUUGUUUUUUGAGACAGGGUUUCUUUGUGUAACAGUCCUGGCUGUCCUGAAACUUUCUUUGUAGACCAGGCUGUCCUCAAACUCAUUGAGAUUUGUCUGUCUCCCAAGUGCCUGGAUUAAAGGUGUGUGCCACCA